CGGUGGAGGCUGGAGCGGCGGGGCCCGGCAGCGGCCUGAGGUUGCCGGGUGUGGGCGGGGCCGGGUCGGGGUCGGGGCCGGGGCCGCCAUGAACGCCUCGGUGGUGAAGCGCACGCAGGAGGCCCUGGGGAAGGUGAUCAAGAAGCCGCCGCUGACGGAGAAGCUGCUGAACAAGCCCCCGUUCCGCUACCUGCACGACAUCAUCACGGAGGUAAUUAGAAUGACUGGUUUUAUGAAGGGUCUCUACUCGGAUUCUGAGCUGAAAUCUGAUAAUGUUAAGGAUAAAGAUGCAAAAAUUAGCUUCCUUCAGAAGACCAUAGACGUUGUGAUGAUGGUUUCAGGAGAACCGUUAUCUGUGAAACCAGCGAGAAUUGUGGCGGGACAUGAACCAGAAAGAACAAAUGAGCUACUCCAAGCAAUUGGAAAAUGCUGUCUCAAUAAGCUCUCAAGCGAUGAUGCUGUGAAAAGAGUUCUCGCCGGAGAGAAGGGGGAUUCAAAGGGAAAAUCUCCGCUUACCUUGAAAGCCCGAGAGCUGGAUAAUAAGGAACUGAAGGAAGAAGAACCGCGGAUUCAUAAAGAGAAAGAGGACAGAAGGAACUCUGAAAUCAAAGACAGAGGCACAAGCCGAGAACGCACAAAGGAAGAGUCUAAAGAUGAAGAAAGCAAACAAAGAGAAAAGGACAGAGACAGAGAACGAGAGAAGAGCAAGGACAAUGACCGGGAAAGGCACAAAGAUCCCGACCGAGACAAAGUGAGAGAUGAGGAGAGAGACAGAAAUAAGAACAGAGCCAAGCAGGAACGAGAGAGAGAGAAAAGCAGAGACAAAGACAGAGGCAACAAAGACCGAGAGUCAGAACGAGACAAGGACAAGGACAGGAAGAAUGAUGGAGUGAAAGAAAAGGAGCACUUGAAAGAAAGGGACAGAGAGAGAGAAAGAGAUCGAGACAAGGGGAAAGAAAAGGACAGGGAAAAACGGAGAGAGAGGGCAAAAGAUGGGGAGAAUUCAAGGGAACAUGAAAAGGAAAAAGUCAAGGAGCAGGAAAAACCAGAGAAAAAGGCUGCAAGCACAGUGGAGAACUUGUCAAAAAAAUUCUCGGAGUCAUCUAUGAAAGAUACCAGAGUAGAAAUGGACAAAGAGCUUGACCUUGCCAAUCGAGUGUCUAGGUCGUUGACAGCAAAAGGAUCAAGAUGGCGAUCCAAAAAUCCAGCAGAAGGAAGAAGGGAGGAUAAUAUUGGCUCAGCUAAGACUAUUUCAGAUCCAACAAUGGCUGGGCUGGUUAAAGAGCCGGAGCAGCAAACAGCAUCCCCCGAGAUAGGAAGAAAGGAAGCUAAUAAUCAUUCAGCUAGUGUUUCAGACAGUAGCCCAGCUAGCAUGUGGCAUGAAAAAGCGGAGCCUGAGCCGACAGCCAAGCUCAAAGGUGACUCCACUAGUGAUGCAGAAGGCGACGUUGGAAUGGUUACUCAGGAGAAGCCGGGGAUGUCAGAAAAUGCUGAGGUGCCCAGUGAACUUGCAGCUGGCAUCCCUCAGAGGAGAAUGCCUCAGCCUGGCAGUGCCCGGCCAGCCCCGCCUCGAAUCAAACGACAAGAAAGUGCUGUCUUGGUUCCAGAGAGGACGGGCAGUGGCAAGGUGGUGUCCAACGUGAUUAUCGACUCUCAGAAUUCGGACGACGAAGAGGACAGCCAGUUUGUGGUGGAGGCCGCUCCCCAGCUCUCCGACAUGCUGGAAAUGGACACGGCCCCAGCCAUCGAAUUAGAAGAAGAUGAGAAGCACGGUGGACUCGUAAAAAAGAUCUUAGAGACUAAGAAAGAUUACGAAAAGCUUCAACAGUCCCCCAAGUCUACAGAGAAGGACAGACCGCUUCUGUUGGAAGCGGCCUGGAAGAAGGAGAAGGAUAUCGUGUCCAAGGAGAUUGAGAAGCUGCGGACGUCGAUUCAGAUGCUGUGUCGGAGCGCCCUCCCCCUGGGGAAGAUCAUGGACUACAUCCAGGAGGACAUGGAUGCCAUGCAGAACGAGCUGCAGCUGUGGCACUCUGAGAACAAGCAGCAUGCUGAGGCCCUGCAGAAGGAGCAGAGCAUCACAGACUGUGCGGUGGAGCCGCUCAAGGCAGAACUGGUUGAGCUGGAACAGCUGAUCAAGGACCAGCAAGACAAGAUUUGUGCAGUGAAGGCCAACAUCCUGAAGAAUGAGGAGAAGAUCCAGAAGAUGGUCUAUAGCAUCAAUGUCAGCUUACGGCGGUGAAGGCCUGAAGGUGACUUGGAGCCCCACCUAUUUUAAAAUAAAAGGGAAAGGUGUGUGUUAUGAUAGAAAGCUGUGUCCUUCAACCUCACAGUCUGCUAAGAAAACCGUGUCAUCAGCCCACCGUGUGACCAAGCUUUCGAUGUGUUGCGUGUGUGAUGCCCUGGGCGUUGGGCUGUGAGCAUUUGCUAGUGACAACCAGUCCCCCUUCAGUGUCCCAGCAAGCUUCCCCUGCUUGCACAUAGCUUGGCCAGUUCCUCUGGGGAGUUAUGGAAAGUACACGUUAUUGCUGCAGAUGACUAAGUCAUUCCUUUCUUUUUAUCAUCUGAGACCAGGUCCCAAAUUUAAAAAUCCUUUGUUCCCUACGAGUCCUAGGGUAUUGUUAUAGGUCAAGCACAGAGAACUUUUUUGCCAGGAUAAAUGAAUGUUUAUAUGAUAGUCACUUUAUAAGUAGAACAAAAAGGCCUUUAAAACACUGAAAGUGAAUUCCUAUUUGUGUCUGCAUUUGGAAAGGGUUAAUAUAAGUGCACAUGUUCUUUUAAAUACUUGUCUGUCUUCAUGCUUCUUACCAAAGUCUAGCUCAGAUUUUCCUCUGUACUAUUUGCCUGUUGGUUCCUUGCAUGUCUUCAAAGUUAAUGAUUUUUUUCAAAUUUCACAUUUUUCUGAGUGUCACAUUCCUAAUAUGAAGUUGUCCGAGUCCACGCUCUUCUCUCCCACACACGGCAUCGCCACUGGCCAGGCUUGACAGAAAUGCAGCUCUUUGUAAGGCAGCCGUCCCCGUCCUCUGAGCUCAGGAGAGAGCUCACUUGGCCUGAGCGGCGCUCUGGUGCCUUUGCUUCUCUUUGUAGGAGGGUUGUUGGCCAAACGCGAGAGGCUUUGUAGUGACUGCAAAGAGAAGACCAGAGUGGACACGCUUAUUAUUGAGUGCUGCUAUGUUACCAUCUCCAGAAAACUUCCCUUCUUUAAAGCCUAUCCUUUUAUAUUAUCUAUAUGAAGCUUUGCAUUUACCUGUGAUGUUGAAGAAACACAUGUCUCUACGUUACUGGAUAAAGGGCUUCACUGCGUUCGGAGACACCUUUACUGUUUUAAAUUCUGUCUCCUGCUAGUCACGUUUCUGAAUUUCUUAUUGCUGAGGCUAUUAUGUGUGUGCCCUGAGGACAGCCCUGUUCACUGUUACCAUUGUCUGAAUGACUCCUGAUGUGUUACGCGGCGGUGGGAGUGGAAGAGCUCAAGGAAGGCCGUGAGACUGUCUUCCUUUCAGAGUGGGGCCAUUUGGGUCCCCUUCCCAUAGAGAAUCUUCAGUUUGUAGAGAGCUAGCCCUUCCCUGGCCUGUUCCCUCCUGCAUGCUCCCCAGAUGUUCACAUCUGCUAAUGGCCUCUUCUACACUGGAUGGCAUGACACUAAGGUGACCCCUGUCAUGCUUUGGGACAAGAUACCUUUUAUGCCUUUUAUGAAUCUGUAAAUACAACCAGAAUUUCUGUGUAGAAAGAUUGGCAAAUAUACUGUAUGUGCAUUAAAUUUGUACAAAGUAGGGUCUCAACAAUUGUAUCAUAAAAUUUACUUUUCUUUUAUAUAUAAUUCAUUAAAAACAAUCACCUAUUUUUUCUAUGAAGUGUAUGAGUUGUACAGUUCAGUUCACACCUGGAAACAUUAUUUAGAAGCAUUUGAAUUAUCUUUUUGGAAGUCUGUGUAUUUUAUUUUGUUCUUGUACAAAAAGUUCAGGGAAGUUAUUUUUCACAUUGAUACAAUGACAUUUCCCUUCUCUGCAUUCAAUGAAGUUUCCUCUUAAAUGGAUAAGCAUUCCUCAGAAGUUUUAAGAUAAUUAAUUAUGUUCUUGGGUAUCAGUUCAGUUGAUUAUUUUCUGCCUCUUAAUUGCAUACUGAUUAAGUCCCUGUCUUGUUUAGUAUUUUGAAAAGAUACACAGAUGAGAGCACCUAAAUGCUUUCCCAUGAGAAGCUUUGGUCUAUAAUUUUUCAAUGAAUUCUGAAGUCACACCGUACGGGGAUUUGAUGAAUAAUGACUUGGUGUCCCAAAGGGUGAGUCAAGGAAAAAGCAUGGGUGAGAUGGACCAUCAACUUCUCAGCCGCUUGUGGCGGCUUGUGGUUUCUCAGUGAGCCAAUUCUUCAGGGAAAUAGUGACCAGUGACCCACACAGAACCGACUCAGUGACCCCCAGCAAGGCCUUGUCGGGGUUUGGUGUGGUACGUUCUCCAGAAAGAAUGGAUGAUGAGUGUGGUCUGUUUUUUGGGGGUAAAAUGAACCUGAAGUACCCACAGGUUAAACUUUGCCAAAUAAACUGUCCACAAGA